AUGGCUACUAUCCAGCUAGAUAUCACGGCCGAGACGGACAAAACAUCUCUCGGCUUCCAUAUUGCUCUACAAAGCAUUGGAAUAGUUGAAAUUUCCUUUGACCCCGGAAAAAGCGUGAAUGAAUCUUUGUCAGUCGUUGCAAUCAACACAAACGCCGGAUUGAUGCCUGGAUGGCUCACAUCGUUUGGAGAUAAAAUUUACAGCAUCAGCCGCACCAGCUAUCCUGACAUCGCAUCCAAGUCAGGUGGCGUUUUCGCGUUCCAAAAGGCACCCGUCGCAGCUUCAGCAAAAAGCGAAACAGGGUUGGCUCUUUUCGACCAGGCGAGUAGCAAUGGAAAAGGGGGCGUACAUUGUCAGGUGAGUCCAGACGGAAAGAUACUGGUGGCUACGAAUAUCACUGCGUCGACGUUAUCUAUCUACCCAUUGUCCGAAAAUGGUGCCAUGGGCAAGCCUGCUCAUAUUUUGGACUACAAUAAGUCGGAUCCUGGCCCGAAGGAAGCACACCCGCAUCAAGCGGCCUUUGAUCCUUCUGGACAGUUUCUGAUCGUACCGCUUCGUACUAUGGACCGUGUCGACAUCUAUUCCAUCAAGAGCUCCCAGCAGGUCACGAAGGUUCACAGCAUUCCCGUACCAGCAUCAGCAGGGCCUCGGCAUGUUGCAUUCAACUCAGUCAGUCCUUCCAAGGCAUAUAUGUACCUCCUUAGCGAGAAAGACAACUCAAUUCGUGUUUUUACCUUAAACUACAAGGAUACAGCGUCACAAAACCUUACUGUGGAGCUCAAGCAGACGAUCUCGACGAUGGGAAAAGAUCUUGGCCCCAGCCCCGAUGAGCAUAAAAACCUUGCUGCGGAGAUUGCUAUCAGCAACGACGGAAAAUUUGUCUAUGCGUCUAAUCGAGACUUGACACACGCAGAUACUGAUACCCUGGCGGUCUAUUCUGUUGAGAGCGAGCCGGCACACGAUAUGCACCAUCUGAGAUAUCUUGGAUGUCAAGAGACACAUGGCAAGCAUCCCCGAAUGUUUGCGCUCUCCAACGACAAGGAAAAUAAGUGGGUGGCUGUUGCCCACCAAUGGAGUCAAGACGUUGUCGUUUUCGCGAGAGACACGGCGACCGGUUUCCUGAAGGAUAUCAAAGGUAGACUCAAUGUAAAGGCAGCCGCUCUCCAUCAACCCACUUUGGACAAUGUCACCUUCAGCAAGGAUAUGAGCAUGGAGGGUAGAAUGAGCUGGGAGGACCUGCUUAAGGGUCGGACGGAAGGACCCAUGUGUGUCUUGUGGAAAUAA